AUGUCCUCUAAAAGCUCAAGGUUUAAACGAUGGUGUUUAUACUGUAUUCUUGUCAUUCACGGGGUUGCUCUUUUUCUAAUUCUACUUGGAAUCAUCAAUGGACUGGAAAUGCACAAUUUUUUCAGCAGAGGACCUAAAAGUGACUAUGAAAGACAUUCAUCGUUGGUAGCAGAGUUAAAAACUUUGUCUCAAUUUGUUAAUAAAACUGUUGAGGAAGUUGCUCAGGAAGUAUUAGAUCAACAGACGGCUAUCAAAGAGAAAUUUUACAAUUCCGGCUCUAAACGGCAUAGUAUACAUCGUCUUUCUAACUUUCUAGGUAUUAAUGUAGCUUCUUCUCAGAUGGAAAUGUUCACCGAAGCCUGUAGAGAUGCCAGUAAUCAACGAUUACUUAUGGUUUUUCCUAUCAGAGAUCGCUGGAAUCUACUUAGGUCCCUUCUAAAAGAGCUUCUACCUUUACUUCAAAAACCUAAUCUCUGUGUAUUCAAAAUAGUGGUAGAGCAGACUGAUUCAAUGGCAUUCAACAAAGCUCUUCUGAUGAAUGUUGCUGUAAUAGAGAUGGCAAAGCAAGUUCCAUUCGACUGUAUCAUCUUCCAUGAUGUGGAUUUGAUUCCAACUUCUGGUGAUGAGGUGUACUAUGAGUGCCCUUCUUACCCUCGUCAUUUAUCGGUUAAGGUGGACAAGCUCAAAUAUGAUCUACCUUACCUCGGUCUGAUUGGUGGAGUAUUUGCAUUACCGUUGAGACAUUUUCUUCAGGCAAAUGGCUACUCAAACAUGUUCUGGGGGUGGGGUGCUGAGGAUGAUGACAUGUUUGAAAGGCUUGCCAUUGUUGGUAUUCCUGUAACACGACCUAUGCCGAAUCCUACACGUUACAUCAUGCUUCCGCAUCGGAAAAGCUCAACUUCUGACUAUCAGCGAGCAACUCUACUGUUGGGAAUGGCUUUCGAGCGCUAUAGACUAGAUGGACUUAACUCAGUGAGGUACAGAGUAUUGAAGAAUGAACGAAGAUCGGUCUGCGAAGUGCUUGGAGUGAAUCCGAAGCUUUGCCAGCUUGAAAGGUCACAUAUAACUUAUAUCUUAGUUGAUCCACAGAAAAUUGAAACUCACUGA